GGACGCGACGUACGCCAUGGAAUGACGUGACGACUGGCCGGCCGGCCGGGCCAGCGGAGUGAUCAAUCACCUCGCUCCUAGGCAAUUUGUAUGCAGGAGAGCUAGGAACAUUGAUAAGGUAGUCGCCGUCUUCCUGUGUGGCUCCUCCUCCAACCUCACCCACCACCAACACUGCACAAGUCGGCCAUGUCGGUCAUCGCUGCGUCUGCCCCUGCGAAUGCACACUCCCUUGCCGCGGUGUCUACGCCAGAGGUCGUAUUCGAAGCAGGCAGCGCGCCUCAUCAGAAGCCCCUCGCCUUCAAGGACGGACAGGCAACGACUCAUCAGACGUCCUUUCCCGGCGUGCUGAGGCCCAGCAGCAGUAGUGGCCAGGGGGAAGUCAAGGCCGACGGCUUCAUCGCAGCAGCCUCUAAGUUCAGCAGGUCGGGCCAACUCGAUGAGGUGCUGGCGGGCGCGGGAGGAGCGCUCCACUUUCGUGGCACGCCGCUGAGGACCGCAGACGACUUUUCCCGAUUCAUGCAUGCGCUCUCCGAGGGUGGGCAGUGGACGCCGCACGUCGACAAGGGCCUCAUGGUGCUGCGCAAGCCUCAUGCUAAGAACGUGGCGACGGCAAACGAGGGCCCGCCCGACCAGCCUAUCGGGUCGCACAACGAGUACGGCCUGUCGAGCCACCACCCGUCAUACAUUGCCUUUUUCUGCCUCUCGGAGCCCGACGCCGGUGGCGAGACGCCCAUCGCCUCGAGCCUGGCACUCCACGACCGGCUCGAGGAGCGGAAACCGGAGCUGAUUCGCGCCCUUGAGGAAAAGGGCGUCGCCUUUUCGAUCCACCACCCCCGCGACACCAUCGAGGGCAACCUGCAGGGCAACGGCCUGUUCAAUGCAAACGCCUUUGGACCCCAGUCUGGCGAUGUCAGUGGCUUGUCCGAGGACGAGAAGCGGCAGAUUGUCGAGGCCAACGUGCAGGCCCUGGCCGACGAGGGCAAGGGAAAAGGCCUCUGGAAGCAAAAGGGUUACGAUGCCAAGUGGCUCCCCGACGGAUCGCUGCUCUCCGUCCAGCGUGUCCCCGGGGUGCGUCUGCAUCCGCGCUACGGUGCAAAGACGUUUUUCAACAACAUUCACAAUAGACUCCUCUAUUCGAGGCUGCACAAGGCCACUGAGCCGCCGCACAUUUCACAGACGCAAACGACGGCCCUGGGCACGCCCUUCUACCAGAAGCCGCCCCAGCUCGUCGAGGAGGAGGAGGACAGGCUCUUCCCCCGUGACUGGAUCGAGACCAUCGAAGAGGUCACGGCGGAACUGCAGGUAGAUGUCAAGUGGAACAAGGGCGACGUGCUGCUGCUCGACAAUCUCGCCGUGCAGCACGCCCGUCGACCGUGGAAGGGCGACCGCAGGCUUCUCGCCAGCCUGUGGGACAGGACUGCCCUGUAGCUUGUUAUCUCAUAUUCGUUUAGCGUGCAAUCGCAAUCCCGAUGAAAUAGCAGCAAGAGACGGUGCGGAACAGCAGCUAGCUCCACCUUCCUCAGGGGAGAGGAAGCCGAGCCGAUGGCCAAGGACGAGGCGUGAGAUGCGCCGGGGUUGCGUCGCCGGGCAGGUUUCUGCAAAUGCCAUCUAUCAAAAAAGGGCGGUCCCUGGGUACAAUUUCGAUUAUUUCCCUUGAAUAUUACAG